AUGGGCAAAAGAGCUUCUACGACACCAUCAACUACCCCGGCGUUGAAGAAGUCCUCGUCUACGGGUGGACAGAAGACUCUAUUUGGAUUCUUUCAGAAAACUCCUUCUACCGCAUCUCCAGCCUCUCUACCUGCAAGGCCUAUUAACGGCACUACGACGCCUUCGAAUUCAUUCUUCAAAAGGGUCGAGUCCGCGUCAGGCUCAUCAUUGACUCCUGUUCCAAGCAGUGACGCUGCAGAACCGGAUUUAAAUAAUGGCAAUGACAAGGCGAGUCCCAUAUCACCUGCCAAAGGUCUGCCUUCACCAGUCUCAGCUGACGGACGGCAGACUAAUGGUGUUGAAGAACUGAAUGCCAGGGGGACCCCUACUAGAAAGGCAAAGAAAAAAAUCAUCAGUUACAUUGAGUCCGAUAGUGAAGGGACUGAUGAUGAUGAUGUCUUCAAACCCACUCCUGCACCACGCGGCCGGUCUGUAAAAAGAAGAAAGCUAUCGAACGACGAGGACGAGGGCACUUACGAACAAGAGAAUGAGCUCGACCUGGACGAUGAUCUCGAAGACUUCAUCGCCCCUGAUGAUUCGGAGGAUGAUGUGCGACCGACAAAACGAAAGCGACCAUCCAAACCUGUCUCGCGAACCACUUCUUCCCAUUUUACUUCAUUGGUAGACGAAGUCGAGAUGGAUCCGGAAGGACGCGAAGCAUCAACUGCUCAACAAUGGACAUAUGACCCAGACAAUGCCCAGCCUCUGCAACCACGUUCCACUAAUAUCCCCUCCAAAAAGCCUGGAUUUGACACGGGAAAAAAGCAAAAGGCACAUAUGACCGAGCCGGAGAAAAGACAUGCAUGGCUUGAAGAUGUCAGGGAUCUUGACCGCAAUCCACCAAGUCAUCCGGAUUAUGACCCCCGAACUCUUUAUAUCCCGCCCAUGGCUUGGACGCACUUCUCACCGUUUGAGAAGCAGUACUGGGAAAUCAAACAAAAGUUCUGGGACACAAUCGUUUUCUUCAAAAAGGGAAAGUUCUACGAACUGUAUGAAAAAGAUGCAACAAUUGGCCAUCAGCUGUUUGAUUUGAAGUUGACAGACCGUGUCAACAUGCGUAUGGUUGGCGUUCCUGAAUCAAGCCUAGGGUUGUGGGCAAACCAGUUUGUCGCCAAAGGAUACAAAAUUGCCAGGGUUGACCAGCAGGAGACAGCACUGGGCAAGAACAUGCGUGAACGUGAUGAACAAUCCAAUGGCGCGUCUACCAAAAAGACCAAAGACGACAAGGUCAUCAAAAGAGAGCUUGCCUGCGUUUUGACGGCGGGAACUUUGGUUGAUGGAUCCAUGCUACAAGACGAUAUGUCAACCUACUGUGUUGCAAUCAAAGAGUCAGAGAUUAAUGACCUUCCAGCUUUCGGAAUAGCAUUUGUUGACACUGCCACUGGUCAAUUCAACAUCUCUCAAUUCAUAGAUGAUCCAGACAUGACCAAGUUCGAGACCUUCAUCGCUCAAACGAGGCCACAAGAGAUCAUUUUGGAGAAGGGUGGAGUUACAGCAAAGACACUCCGGAUUUUGAAGAACAAUACGGGCCUGACAACGAUCUGGAACUAUCUGAAGCCAGGUAAAGAAUUCUGGGAAGGUCACAUCACGUUGAAGGAGAUUGAGGCCAGUGAAUAUUUUCCUGAUGCCUGGCCUCGAGCUCUUGAGCAGGGCAAAGACAAAGAUUUGCUCAUGUCAGCGUUAGGAGCCCUCAUUCAGUACCUCAGAACACUCAAGAUUGAGCGUGAUCUUGUGACUUUGAGCAACUUCACGUGGUAUGAUCCUAUUCGGAAAGCUUCUAGUCUGGUCCUUGAUGGACAGACCUUGAUCAAUCUUGAGAUAUUUGCCAACUCAUACGACGGUGGUGGUGAAGGCACGCUAUUCCAACUGCUCAACCGUUGCAUAACACCGUUUGGCAAACGCAUGUUUAAGCAAUGGGUCUGUCACCCAUUGAUGGACACGAAAAAGAUCAAUGCUCGCCUCGAUGCUGUGGAUUCACUCAAUGCAGACACAAAGGUACGAGACAAGUUCACCUCACAGAUGGCAAAAAUGCCUGAUCUUGAGCGUCUCAUAUCCCGUGUUCAUGCGGGUACUUGUAACGUCCAGGACUUCGUCAAGGUCUUGGAGGGGUUUGAACAAAUCGAUUACACUAUGUCACUGCUUCGAGACGGUUCUGGGAAAGCAGCGGGUUCCGAAGGCGUGAUCGGCCAACUUAUCACUGCUAUGCCUGAUCUCGAGUCCCGCCUCAAAUACUGGACCGAUGCGUUUGAGCGUAGCAAAGCAAAAGAAACUGGCGUUCUCGUUCCUGAACGCGGCAUUGAAGAGGAUUUUGACAAUUCUCACGACGCAAUCAAGGAAAUCGAAGACGAAUUUGAGAUCUUGCUUCGCACUCAAAGAAAAGCGCUAGGCUCCAAUGCCAUCUGUUACCGCGACAAUGGCAAAGAGAUCAUGCAGCUUGAAGUCCCGGCCAAAGUCAAGGGUAUCCCCAAGAACUGGGACCAGAUGUCAGCCACCAAGCAGGUCAAAAGAUAUUAUUUCCCAGAGCUGAGGCAGCUUGUUCGCCGGCUGCAAGAGGCCCAAGAAAGACAUUCGCAGAUUGUCAAGGAGGUUGCAGGUAGAUUCUACGCCCGAUUUGACGAAAACUACGAGAUCUGGCUUGCGGCCGUCAAGAUUAUUGCUCAGCUUGAUUGUCUUAUCUCCCUUGCUAAAGCAAGUGCCAGUCUCGGCUAUCCAAGCUGUCGUCCAGAGUUUGUGGAUGACGAGAGAUCGACGCUUGAGUUGGUGGAGUUGCGGCAUCCCUGCCUACUUGCCAACGUUGACGAUUUCAUCCCCAACGAUGUCAUUCUCGGUGGUCAAACCAGAAACCUCACUCUUCUGACCGGUGCCAACGCAGCAGGAAAGUCAACUGUCCUGCGCAUGACAUGCAUAGCCGUGAUCAUGGCCCAAAUUGGUUGCUACUUGCCCUGCCAGUAUGCACGACUCACGCCUUUUGAUCGUAUCAUGUCCCGUCUCGGAGCCCAAGAUCAUAUCUUUGCGGCACAGAGCACAUUCUUCGUGGAGUUGGCUGAGACGAAGAAGAUUCUAUCUGAGGCAACUCCACGAUCUCUCGUAAUUCUCGAUGAACUAGGCCGUGGUACUUCCUCUCACGACGGUCUCGCCGUUGCCCAGGCGGUUCUCCACCACCUUGCAUCACAUAUUGGCUGCCUUGGAUUCUUCGCCACGCAUUACCAUUCCUUGUCCGCGGAGUUCAAGCAUCAUCCGGAGAUCUCGGCGAAGAGGAUGAAGAUCCUGGUCGACGACAAGCAGCGGCGUGUGACCUUCCUCUAUAAGCUUGAAGAGGGCGUCGCGGAAGGCAGUUUCGGUAUGCAUUGCGCAAGCAUGUGCGGCAUUGCAAGUACGAUUGUGGACCGCGCAGAAGAGGCAGCGCGCGAGUGGGAACAUACCAGUCUGAUCACGCGCAAGCUUAAGAACAGCGCAGCAGCAGCUGAGGUGCCAUUGGGGAUCCUGAGUGACAUGGCCUGGAUCCUGAGGGAGGACAACAACGACAACGAGGAGAAGACAGUCGACGCCAGGAGUCUAGAUGCUUUGGUCAAGUGUAUCGAGGCACUGUGA